AUGUCUGCGUCGCCAACCAUCGCGACCUCCUCCACCAAGCGACCCCUCGAAGAGCCCUCCUCGCCCUCCGGUCCCAAUGACCAGCCCGAUGCCAAGCGCCCUGCUCUGGACAAGGUUGUCAAUGAGCCGGCUGCCGAGGACAUCGACACGGCGCAGCCAGUGAAAGCUGAGGACAUUGCGCCCGAAAACAUCAACGCUGAGGGUGACGCUGAGGCCGAGGUAAUUGCUGAAGGAGCUCUGGCCAACGAGAAUGGUGCUAAGGAAGAUGCGCAGACGGACACUUCAACCUCCGGUGCCAAUGGCCGUCCCGCUGCCCACACCCAGCACCAAGACGAAACUAACUGGCUGCAUCUGCGUGCUUGCAUUGGUACCAGCGAAGCUGCCACCAUCAUUGGAAAAGGUGGUGAGAAUGUCACCCAGAUUCGACGUCUCUCCGGCGCUAAAUGCACCGUGAGUGACUAUGCACGGGGCGCUGUAGAGCGCAUCCUGACGGUUAGUGGCCAGGUUGAUGCUGUAUCAAAGGCUUUUGGCCUCAUUGUGCGUACUCUCAAUCAAGAGGACCUUGAGACCGCUUCCACGGGCACUUCUAAGGCUUACCCCAUGCGUUUGCUGAUCCCGCACAUUCUCAUUGGCUCCAUCAUUGGCAAGGGUGGAGUUCGCAUACGCGAGAUUCAGGAAGCGUCCAAUGCCAAGCUAAACGCUUCAGACACCAUGCUGCCCAACUCCGGCGAACGAUCCCUUGUCGUGCUGGGCGUCGCCGAUGCUGUACACAUUGCUGUAUACUAUGUGGCACAAACUCUUGUAGAGCAACUGACGGAACGUUUCGGCGGUCCAGCUGCAUCCCAGUAUGCCACUCGUAGCGGAACUGCGGCGAACGUUGUGCCCGGCGGUAUGUCUGUUCAGCCCUACAUUCCCCAGCCCGCUGGCGGCCAGUACAACUACCCCGACAAUUAUCGUCGACAAGCCCAUCCUGCGCAGCGCACUCCUGUGCAUGGUCAACACCCCCCAAUAUGCAUGCCAUAUGGUGCUGGCUCACCUGCGCGUGGCCACUACGGCGCUCCCACACCGCAGCCUGGCCCCUAUGGUGGACACCACGCCGCUGCCCCAGUUGCACAUGGACAUGGUGCAGUGCCUAACCAGCCUCCUGUUCAGGUACCCGGUCAGCCGCUCACACAGCAGAUUUACAUUCCCAACGACAUGGUCGGAGCUAUCAUUGGUAAGGGCGGUGCUAAGAUCAACGAAAUUAGACAAUUGAGCGGUAGCGUCAUCAAGAUCAACGAACCGACCGACAACAGCAACGAGCGUCUUGUCACAAUCACAGGCACUCAAGAGUGCAACCAAAUGGCGCUGUACAUGCUCUAUUCUCGACUCGAAUCGGAAAAACACCGAAUCUAA